AUGUGUAGAAGCAUGUUGUGCACUGCAAUUGAUUGAAAUGCAACAAACUGGAAGAAAUCUAUUAAUCUGCUAAAAAAUUUAAUCGAAUAUAAAAUGUUAUAUACACAAAAGCUUUUUAUCUGUAAUAUAACUUCCUGGUUAUCAAGAAGGACUAGACAUAUCAUAAAUGUAUAUUGUUCAACAUUGACCAAUGGCAAUUUACCUAAACAACAGAAGGAGAAUAUUGAUAUUCGAGAGAUGGAGGAACUGAUUGAAAUAAAAACAGAAUUACCGAAAAUGAAAAAGAAAAACAAAGCAAUGGAAUAUAUCGAAAAGUCUAUAUCAUGUGAUGAAGAGAUUUUGGACAUUAUAAAAAAAGUUAAUCCAGACACAAGUGAUAUCAUUCAAUUAUUGACAGAUAAAAAUAUAUUAUUAGAAAAAGCGCAAAUAACUAAAUUACUACUGAUUGAUAAAGAUACUGCUGCAAAAUAUGUCUCUUUGAUCAAAAAUGACCUUUUGAAGAAUACGUGUUACAUUGCUGAAUUGAAUCCUGGUUUUGGCAUAUUGACAAGAGAAUUAUUGAAAGCUGGGGUACCACUAAUUCACUUGUAUGAAAAUAAUUUAAAAUUACAUGACAUACUGAAAAUAAUCUGUACAAAAUAUCCUGGAAAACUAAAACUGAUCUUUAAUAAAUAUUAUACUCUCUUUGGAAACAAAAAAACGUUUUAUAUUAAGAACGAUAUUAAGAAAUAUCAAGAUAAUUUUCAAGAGAUAAAGAGCAAAAACUGGGAAGAUGAAACUUGCAUGCAAAUAAUAGGUGCAUGUGAUGAUAUUAAUAUAUUUAGCUUUAUUAUACAUAAUACCAUUUUUCGCAUUGGUUUUAUGUUUUAUGGAAGGCCUGUCUUCUACAUCGCGGUAUCUCCAUCUGUGUGGCAUAACUAUAAUAUUUGUAAUAAUUUAUUAACAUAUACCUAUACAAAGGUAAUGUUUAAAUUAAUGUUUAAUUUUGAACUCCUGGGAACAUUGAACAGGAAAGCUUUUAUACCUUGGCCGCAAAAGAAACAAUAUAAACGUAAUACAAGUAAUUUGUUAGCAAAACAAAAUUACGAGCAGUUAUAUGUAAUAAAACUUGAGCCCAAAGCUGACAUUUACACACAAUUAUCGCCAAAAGAUUGGAUAACAUUUUCCUAUUUUGUGAGACACUUCAUGCACACACGUCGUACUAGAGUGAUACCUGCAUUGGAAAAAUGGGUACCAGACUGUGGAAUUAAACUCAUAGCCAAAGAUUACACGAUAUAUACACAAUUUGGAGACUUGACGCCAACACAAAUUCUAGAACUCUUUAAAGAAUUUAAAUCCUGGUCAGAUUACAAAUACAGCCAUUUCAUAGAUUCUAUGAAUAAUUCUGUAGGUGCACAUAACGAAUUCGAAUUUCUUAAAUAAUCCUGUAACACAUUUCUUAUAAAUAUAU